ACAUCAGUCCCAAAAUCAAAACCAUGUUCAUAUCAUCGAAAUUCCAUCAGCCUCACCAACUCACACGUGUCCCAAACAUCCCACACGUGGCGGCUGCAUUCCCACACGGUUUCUGUCCAGUGUACACGUGUGAAAUUCUAUCCUUAACAUGCAAAUGCAAAAUUAGGAAACCCCCAUUAUAUAUUUAUAUUCCCCCAAGCUAUGUGCUUAGCUUGUUUCAAAGAUCAUUUCUUUGUGAUCUAUCUUUACAGAGCAGAAUAUUAUCCACAAUGGCUAAUGUACGAGAUGAGCAUGGGAACCCGGUUCAACUGACCGACGAACGUGGAAACCCGGUUCAAUUGACCGACGAAUUUGGCAAUCCCAUGCAUCUGACCGGAGUCGUCGCCACCUCACCCUCCAAACUUGACUCCACCACCACCACCCCUGCCGGAGACGACGUCGCCCAGACGCAGCUCACUCGAGAAGCCCAUGACGGCUCGCCGCGUCGUUCUAGCAGCUCCAGCUCUAGCUCCUCGGAGGACGAUGGGCAAGGCGGGAGGAGGAAGAAGAAGGGGCUGACACAGAAGAUAAAGGAAAAGUUGACGGGAAGCGGAAAACACAAAGAGGCUGGCACGACGGGGGCGGAGCACCACCAAAGCACCACCGUGACGACGUCCACCGUCGAACAUCAAGAACAUGGGAAGAAGGGGGUUAUGGAGAAGAUAAAAGAGAGAUUGCCUGGCCAUCACCAUUAACCUCAAAUUGUCUGCUUUCCAAUUAUCAUGGAAACUUAUUUAGUAUAUAUGUUUGUGUGUUGUUGUAACUUGUGUUUGUAUGUGUUUUUAUGGAUUUGGCUAUGUUUUUUCAGAUUUAAUACUUUUGGAUAUUUUGAUUUCCAAAUUUGUCGUUGGAAGUUUCGUUCUUUGUAAUUUGAAAGUUUUAAUUGUAAUCUUUUGUACAUUUAUUUGAAUUUCGACUUGUAGAACUGGAGAGUAUAUUUAUGCUUUUAUA